GCCAUCGUUUUCUCUCAGACAAGUAGUACAAAACAUAAUGCCUAUUUUCACAAUAUCUGCAAAUCCCCAAUAAUGGAUCUCUUACAAUCCUACGCCGACGAUGAAAUCGCCGAAUCGCCGCCACAAAACCCUAAUCCCCAAUCUUCCGACCAAAACCCUUCGCCGGAUUCUUCCCCGAUCCGCAUACUUCCUUCUAAAUCCGCCGCCCCUAAAGUCGACGACACCAUGCUAGCCCUAACUGUCGCCGGAGGCGCUGCUAGAGCUCAAUCCAAACCCCUUGACCCAACCCAACACCUCGUCGGAUUCAACCCGACUUAUGAACAGCUCUGGGCACCAAUUUAUGGUCCAGCUCACCCUUAUGCUAAGGACGGGUUAGCUCAAGGACUCAGAAAUCACAAGCUAGGGUUUGUAGAGGACGCAUCAAUUGAGCCGUUUGUAUUCGAUGAGCAGUAUAAUACUUUUCAGAAGUAUGGGUACGCUGUUGAUCCCUCGGAAAAUAGUUACAUUGGUGAUUUGGAAAAAAUGAAGGAAUGUGAUGCGAUUUCUGUGUAUAACAUACCACAACAUGAACAGAAGAAGAGGAAAUUAGAGAAAAAGAAGGAAAAAAUGGAGGAGGAAGGUGAUGAGCAGGAUGUGGAUAUGUCGGAAGUCGAAAAUCCGUCGACAGAUACGUGGUUGAUGAGGAACAGGAAGAGUCCAUGGGCUGGAAAGAAACAAGGGUUGCAAGAGGAAUUAACUGAGGAACAGAAAAAGUAUGCUGAAGAGUAUGCUAAGAAGAAGGGUGAAGAAAAGGGCGGUGAUAGAGAAAAGGCGGAGCCUAUGGCUGAAAAGAGUACAUUUCAUGGUAAAGAGGAAAGGGAUUAUCAGGGAAGGUCGUGGAUCGCGCCACCGAAGGAUGCAAAGGCUGCUAAUGAUCAUUGUUAUAUACCAAAGAGAUUGAUUCAUACAUGGAGUGGACACACGAAAGGGGUUUCAGCUAUUAGGUUUUUCCCUAAGCAUGGUCAUUUGAUUUUGUCAGCUGGAAUGGAUACAAAGGUAAAGAUUUGGGAUGUUCACAAUUCCGGUAAAUGUAUGAGGACUUACAUGGGACAUUCAAAGGCAGUGAGGGAUAUUUGGUUUAGCAAUGACGGGUCGAAGUUUUUGACGGCUGGGUAUGAUAAGUACAUUAAGUAUUGGGAUACAGAAACAGGACAAGUAAUUCAAACGUUCACAACGGGUAAGAUACCGUAUGUGGUGAGGCUUAACCCUGAUGAGGAUAAGCAGAAUGUACUUUUGGCUGGUAUGAGUGAUAAGAAGAUUGUGCAGUGGGAUAUAAACAGUGGACAGAUUACACAAGAGUAUGAUCAACAUCUGGGGGCUGUUAAUACAAUUACCUUUGUGGAUAAUAAUAGGAGGUUUGUGACCUCUAGUGAUGAUAAAUCACUACGUGUUUGGGAAUAUGGUAUUCCAGUUGUUAUUAAGUAUAUAAGUGAACCCCAUAUGCAUUCCAUGCCAUCUAUUUCGCCCCAUCCCAAUGGGAACUGGAUUGCAGCACAAAGUUUGGAUAACCAGAUUCUUAUCUAUAGUACGCGAGAGAGAUUUCAGCUGAAUAAAAAGAAAAGAUUUGCCGGGCACAUUGUCGCUGGUUAUGCUUGCCAGGUCAAUUUCUCACCUGAUGGACGGUUUGUCUUGUCAGGAGAUGGUGAAGGUAGAUGCUGGUUUUGGGAUUGGAAAUCGUGUAAGGUCUUCAGAACUCUCAAGUGCCAUGAAGGGGUCUGUAUUGGUGCAGAGUGGCAUCCUCUGGAACAAAGUAAAGUUGCUACUUGUGGUUGGGAUGGUUUGAUCAAGUACUGGUAA